UCCCACAAGAAAAUGUUUGUAAGGUGGAGGAGGACGGGGUUUUCAGUGACCAGCACCUGGAUAACCUGGAGAGGAGCUGCAGCCCGGACCAGGAGGAACCAGGGCAUCCACAGACUACAGAACUGGAGGAAGACUCCAGCGGUCAGGAGAUGAAGCACGAGGACGUAGAGGUGGAUGUCUCAUUGGUCAAUGUCGCUGAUGUGAAAGUUGAAAAUGGUGAACCAGGACCAAACUGUGGCCAGCUGCUGUUGCACACUUCUCCUGAAGCUCAAAACAAAGAUGAGGAAGGAACUGAAAGUUUACGCUCAGACUCCAGUAAAACUGCAGAUCCACAGCCAAUGAGACGACACGGUGACCGCGAAGAUGCUGCUGUCCCGUCAGACAGCAACUGUAAAUCAAAGCUGACCAGGACCCACACGGGGAAGAAGGCGUUUUCUUGCAGCACUUGCAAGAAAGAGUUCAGUAAAAGUCAUAUUUUAAUGAAUCACAUGAAGAUCCACACUGGCGAAAGGCCGUACCUGUGCAACACCUGCGGAAAAUUGUUUAGAAAGUCAUCAACAUUCAAUAAGCAUAAAAUGAUCCACAUGGGCGAGAAGCCCUACAUCUGCAAAACAUGUGGAAAAAGUUACACAGACCGUUCCAGCCUGCUGGUUCACUCGAGGACCCACACUGGCGAAAGGCCGUACCUGUGCAACACCUGCGGCAAAAGCUUUACUAGAUCAUCACUUCUUAAAAGCCACAUAACCACGCACACGGGCGAGAAACCCUUCAUCUGCAAAACAUGUGGAAAAAGUUACACAGAACGUUCCAGCCUGCUGGUUCACUCGAGGACCCACACCGGCCAAAAGCCGUACCUGUGCAACACCUGCAGCAACGCCUUUACUUAUUUAUCAGCUCUUAAGCGCCACAUAACCACACACACGGGCGAGAAGCCCUACAUCUGCAAAACAUGUGGAAAGAGGUACACAGAACGUUCAACCCUUGUGAUUCACUUGAGGACCCACACCGGUGAAAGGCCGUACCUGUGCAACACCUGUGGAAAAACCUUUACUAAAACAUCACAUCUUAAACGGCACAUAACCACUCACAUGGGUGAAAGUGAUAUUUGUGCAAGACGUGCAACAAAGGUUUUAGCUGCAGAAUGGAUUUGCUGAGUCACAUGAAAAGUCACCCGGAGGAGAAGUCUGGUGACUCGUGACAAAUGAAGCUCAUGUUGUCGUCCUCUGGGGGCAGCUGUCCGCUCCUGUCUGACCCACAGAAGAAGAACCCGCAGAAGUCCAACCACCACUUCCUGUGGCUGAUGAGCCUAAUCCCCUCCCCACAAGGGUUGCAGGUUCAACCCGGAUUUAUGCUUCUCCGUCAACUUGACGCAGAGGGAACGAUGUGGUUGUGUACUUUUUUUAAAGUUCUGCAUUGAGUUUUUUUGAAUCCCUGUUCCUUCUUAAAAUCGUUAUUUGUUGCUGUUGGUAACUUGCCGUCUCCACGGUGCAAAUAAAGAGCUGUUAGUAUUUGCUGAAAGUUUCUUUAAACGUGACAGUUUAUUUCGUUCAUCUACAAAGCCUCUCUCACACGUCCUUUUUCCUGUCUGUUUCUUCUUCACUCACAUUCUCUUUGUAAAGUUAAUCUGCAGCUCCAUGUUGUUAAACUCUCUCCAUCUACUUCGUUCAAAGGUUAG